GGGCAGAUCUCAGUGAAAGGAUAAAGGGGACUGGUCAUCUAAAGAAAAGUACGUGUGGUGAACUUUGACGUGGACUGCAUUUAUCAAUACAGUCACAAUGUUAAAUGAACAAAAUUCUUGAGCAGUUUUUUUCAAAAAAAUGUUCAGGUUUAUUUGUGGAAAUGCAAGAUUUCUAUGAAAAUAGUUUUUGUAUGGAAAUUUUUGUAAUACUUUUUAUCAACAAAAUAAGAACAUGCGUUCCUGUCAGGGGUGUGAUGUCAAGCAUGAAUGGUAGUGCGUGUGCACCACCAACGUUUGGUGAAAACUAUUUUUAUCAAGAAAAAAAGGAAUCAUAGAAGAGAAAUAUUUUCAAGUUAGAUAAUAUAAAAGCUAGGUGCACUACCACCACUGCUUACCAUGCCACACCCCUGGUUUCCACGAGGCUGAUAACAUACUGUAACGAACAAUUGUGUGUAAAAUGGUAAAAGACACAGAACUCUUGACAACAUUGUGAUAACAGUUGAGUGCACACAGUUUGCUGUUUGAAUCCAAUGCACAAAAUUUAAAAAAAUCAUUAAAAUUAUGUCCAUUUUACUUUCAUCUUUGACUUUCAUUUUUCUCUUGUAUGGGUAAAGGAAUACACAAUAUGCUCCUUGCAUGAAGGGAAGUAUACAGGUCAUCAAGGAUGGCCACUUCCCAACUACCUGGAGAAAAGAAGAAAAAAGCUCAGGCCAUGAGCUAUUCAGAUGUAAGAAAAGCUGGACUGGGAUAUAAAAUGUAAUCUUCAGGCUUAGUGCAGUUCAAAUGAGAAAACUAGCAGUUCUAGAGGCUAUAGUCAUGAUCUUACCUCUUCUGUGAGUGGAUAUUGACUAUGUCAAUAGGGUUGUGUAAGACUAUAGUGAUUGCUGAUAUUAUAUUUGAAGUUCAACUGAUGUCCAAUUUAAGAAUUAAUUGUGCAUUGAUAAUAUAAUUCAAUGAAGGGAGAGGAAAAGAUAGGCUCAAUAUCAACAAUAAGUUAAAAAAAAACACAAAAAACUUCAUUCUGUCCCAAAAUUUAACUUUAGGGAGUUAUAUAAGUCACUAUUACAAAUCUGAGCAUUGGUUUUGUUUUUGUUUUUUUUUUUAGUGGUAAAUAACCUCAAAUAACAUAGCUUAUAAAAAUGUUUAGAUUUUGGUCAAUAUUAAGCUUUUCCUCAAUCAGAUUCUAAUCAGAUUUUAAAGAACUUCUAAAUUCAGUUCUUCAUUAUAUUAAACAACCUUAAUAAUUGGCAGAAAAUGACAACUUUAAUUAUUUUUAAAUAGGAAAUAACUAUUUAGAUCUUUGGUAUGAUUUGAUAAUAAUUUUAUUUAAGUAUUAAGUUAACAAAUUUCAAAAAGUAUUAAAAAACCUGUUGUAUUUUAACUCCAAAGGUAGUUUAGAACAUAUAAAUGAUGUGUAAUAUUUAACUUUUAUCCACUUCCUAAAAGGUUCCUGCAUUAUUGCCAAAACAGAUACUGCCCUACUCAUUGGGUGCUUAUGUGUAUAUGAAGUACUAUUCUUAAUUAUAAUAAAAUCUUGAUUACUUUCAAAAUAAUUUCAACCAGUAAAAGAAUGUCUCCUCUCUCUGGAAAGGCAAUAUAUUGGAGUAAGAUUAUUCUCCAGUAUCUAACACUCAAAUUAUAAGAAGAAGAGGAAGAGAAUGCCUAUUCUAGUCGACAAUGUAACCUGAUGACUCCAGGUAAUCAGUGGAGACACAUAUACCACAAAUAAAGAACUCUAGCCAGUAUGGAACACCAAGGGGGUAUAUUUACACACGCCACAAUUCAAUAACCCUAACCAGAUGAAAGUAUCAAGGAUUUAUAUUCAUUGUAUUUCACAGCUAAGUAACCCUAACAACUAUAAGAAUACCAAGGAGAUAUAUCCACACAUUUACGAGAAUAACCCUAACCAUUAUGGGAGCAGCAAGGGGACAGAUUCUAUUUUACAAAUAUGUAAAAUGGAUAAGGAUAUUUUAUUAAUUAAAAUCUUUCAAAUAUUUUGCAAUUCAGUUACAUAUUUUUAAGAAUAAGUUCCUUGUUAUUACUGAAUGAGUAUAUGUACUAAACACUAACGAUUUUAAAGUAUUUUAGCACAAUGCUUUUUAAUGUUUGUUUAUUAUGAAAUUUGCAUAUAGCAAAUCAUAUACAAUGCAUAUGUACAAGAGAAUCAUGGCAUCUGGCUGUAGUGUGCACCAAGAAUUGUUUGUCACUGGGAGUGGGCUAUUCUAUAUAUUCUGAAACUAGGCUUACUGUCACUCACCUCCAACUCUGAGGUGUAAAUUUAAGCAGAAUACUUUAAUAGAGAGAAGAGAGUGCCCAGCUGUUUCCGGAAACAAAGCAGGAAAAAAAUAAUAUGGGCCAGGCUCACCUAGGAAUUUUGUCCUCAGUUUAAAAGAUGGUAAAUGGCAGUGAGAAUUUGGUCAUGACCGUCCUGAGUGUAUCUGUAAUUUGAGUCCUAUUGCUCAAUUUGAGUCCACGAGAGUGGCCCUUUGUGUCUGCCGCACAAUCAUUAUUGUGAGAUUCUUGCCAUUUGAGGAUCCCCUUAGGCUCUCUACCAUGUAGGAUCCCCUGUUGCCUUUAACAGAUGUUCUCCCUUUUCUAGGUUUAUCUCUAAUUUUGGUGACUUCUAAAGAAGGAUUACCCAAGAGGUCAACUUUUUGAGCUAUUUCAUGUGUAAAAAUGCUUUUAUUCUACUCUCAUAAAUAAUUAUUAGUUUUGCUGGGUGUAGAAUUCUAAAUUGAAAAUAAUUUUCUUAGAUAAAUUUGAAAGCAUUUUUUCAUUGUUUUCUUACUUCUAAUUCACGCUGUACAAACGUGAAGCCAUUCAGAUCUCCAAUUCUUGGUAUGUGAAUUUUUUUUUUUUUAAAUUCUCUCUUAGGUUUGUUUGAUCUUCUGCUUGUCCCCAGCAUCCUGAGAUACUGGAGCUACCAAACUGCUGAGUCUACAUUUAUUACCUUUGCUUUCCUAUUUCUCAUUUCUGUCAUCUUUAUAUUCCAAGUAUUGUAUUGAGUUUUUCAUUUCUGCCAAAUUAUUUUAAUUUCUAUGAGUUCUUGUUUUAUGAAUGUAAUAAUUUCUCUUAUAUCUCUGAAGACAUUAAUAGUAAUCUUAGGACAUUUCUUUCUCCCUGAAAAGACCUCAGUUUUCUCCCAGUUGUAUUUUCCUAUGUGCUUGUUUGGAUUUCUAUCUUCCAUAUUAGAGGUUUUCUUCAGAUACUUGUUAAUUCUGAGCAAACUGUCAAUGAUUAAGAAAAGGGGACUAAAAUCUGAUUUGGAAGCUCUAUGUGCACAGCACAGUAGGGGAGAAUAUUUACCUAAUUAGAGCUUUACCAUAGAUUAGUCUAGAGGGACUAUUUGUUGAUGAAUCCUUCAAAAUGUCCCUAUCUUUGGAUCUUUCCUUUGAUUACCCAGAAGAGUUAUCUUUUAAUUUUCUGCCUGGAGAUUAAGGCCCUGACUGCCAAUGUUCUGCUAAUCAUAGAUUAAGCACUCUUGAGAUCUCUGCAUUCUGCAUUCAGAAUGACUAAGGUCACUUAAUCACCCUGUUUUAAAUUUAGCAGUCAGGCUUUCAACUGGACCUGGCAUCUUCUAGUCUGGAGUCCUUCAUUUUUUCUCUUUUGAGAAUAAUUCCUUAUCACUUUGAUGAGGGGUGAAGAACAGCCUCAGAGGGAUGAGAAGAGGGAGGAGAAUACAGGGAUCCACUGUUUUCAAACUACAUUCAAUAGGUCCUCCUUGUUGUAUUCUUCUCCUACACUAUUAGUUAUUAAGGCAUAUUGCACAGCUGGGUCCUGUGCCUUGGAAGAUUCUGUGAUAUAAUUUGAUUGGUUCUCAACUUUUUACACCUCCUUGUUGUGUUCUUUCUCCUACACUAUUGGUUAUUAAGGCAUGUUGCACAGCUGGGUCCUGUGCCUUGGAAGAUUCUGUGAUAUAAUCUGAUUGGUUCUCAGCUUUUCACACUGACCACUUGGAAUUCUAUUUUUUCCAAUCUGCUUGGUUAACUAUCAUUUGUUCAUGUGCUUUCUCCUUCCAAAAAUUUUGUUGAAAUUUUCACCUCUCUUGUUCUUAUUCUUGGAGUUUUAUACAUUUAAAACAACAACGACAACAACAACAAAUACCUCUCUACUAUAAUUUUUAUGGUUGAGUAGGGAGCAAAAUUUGAUGCAUGCAUUCAAUCCUUCACUCUUAUCUGGAACAAGAACCCUGUCUCUAAAGAAAAUAUUAUGCAGAAAUCCAGCAUAGGAGGCAAAUAAAAACUAGAACUACUCUGGUUCUAAUAGAGUAGAGACAGAACAGACCUUGCUUUUAUAACUGUAAAGAAUGUAAUAUUGUCAAUGACUUCUUACCAAGUAUUUUUUCUAACUCGGUAUGUAAAGGGGAUACUUCCACAAUAAAAAAGAAUUUCACAAAAUGGAGCCCAAGAAUAUUUUUGAAAUGGGGAAGAUUUCAGUGCCUGUCAAAUCAUGCUAAAUUUGGAAUCCAACGUAAUUUAUACCCUAAGGGCUUAGGUCUAAUUCAAAACAUUCCAACUUCAUUUUGUAAAGCUCAAGACGUAUGUGUUAUAAUGUAGAUAAGGAACACUUUCUUAGUGAACCACGAUGAACUAUAAGAUUUUAAGAAUCCUCUUUAAUGUACUGCCUUACACUGUACCUUGCCUUCACAUUUAUUAUGAGUGUAAUUAAAAAAAAAAUUAAACAAGUAUAUCCCUGCCUCUUUACAAAGAAGAGUAGCUGUUUUCCUACAUUUCAACUAGAGAUUUCUAUAAUAUUAUACCAUCAAAAAUAUAACACUCUCAAUUACCAGCCCAGUUAACCUUAAGGUCAAUAUGUAGAGUUUAAUAUCUAAUCCAAUAUCAUUGGAUUUGAUAUAUACACUGAAAAAUCUAAAAUCAUAAAUCCCCCUCACCUUGGACAAAAUUCAUGUUAAAAGGGGAAAUAAAAGACACACUACACACAUGCUCCUUCUAUAAUAUUUUAAGUUAUUUUUUAACAUGUAUCUUGUAUCUCAGCUCCUAAUCUAAGGUUUUCAUAUAGUUUAGGAUAAAUGCCAUAGCUCCAGCCACUAUAAUCACACUUCCACCAGGAGGAAGAACAAAAAGAAAUUAAAAGGGUCUUGCUCCUUCCUUGUAAGGACACAUACCACAAGUUGCACAUUAUGUUGGUCAGAAAUAAUGAUAUGGCUACACUUAGCUCUAAGGUAGAACAGGAAAUGUAGACUUUAAUUUGGGCAGCCAUAUGCCCCUAAAAAUCAGGUGUUCUAUUACUAAAAAAUGUAUGAAAAAUUGGGGGGAACAAAUUGCAAUCUCUGCCCUCCCGGUAUUUCUGGUCUCUCACCCCAACCCACUAAACCCUACCUUGUUCUAUUCACUCCCUAUUUUGUUCAUUUACCACCUGUUUGCCAUCUACCACUACCGUUUUCUUUUUAUCAGAUUCUCCCAUAUCUUACUGUUUUUCUUUACAUUUCUUAUAUUUUUCCCUAAUGGAAACCUGGAUUUUCCCUUAUGACAAUAUUUGUCUUGAAAUUCAACAAAAGAGGAAGCAGUUGGCAAUUUCUUUUCAGAAUACCUUUCAUUUAGUUAUAGACAAAGACCUGUCUUAUAUAACCAUUCCUUUGAUUCCCAAAAUAUUCUUCCUCAUUCUUUAAAAACCCAGACACCUUGGUUAGAAUUGGCCUGUUACUCUGUGCCCCGCCAUCAAGAAUAAGCAUGCACCCAUUUGUCUAUAUUUAAAAAUCAGUGAACCUACAUUAUAAACUAAGUUUUGUGUUAGAUCCUGGGUGUGCAAUAUGAUCAAAAAGAGACAUGGUGCUUGUUGUGAUAAUUUAAAGUCUAAAAGAGGAGGCUGAAUUUAAUUAAAUGUGCUAAAUGCAUAAAUACAAACUGAAAAGGGCUGUCACCAAGAAGUGCUCCUUUCUUUCAGAUUCAGAUGAAUGAUGAGACUUCACCCACUUAAUCUCAAGUAAUGCAGUUUUAGUUGAAAAUGUGAAAAAUUGGAUUAUAUUUAUAAAGGAUGCACAGAGAAGCACUUACUGGUGUAAUGAAACAUAUUAUUGGUUUGUGUGUUCCUCCCAGGACUAUGUAAUGUCUAUUACUUCAAACCGUGGCACAGGGUAGGAUUCUUCCAGGUAUGGAGAACAUAAACUGAGAUGUCAACUCUGCUGUUAGAGCAUUACUGCCAUCCUAUUACUCAGGGUGGCGAUUUCCCAUUAUAUGCAAAAUAUGAUACCAUAACUUUACCUAAGUUUUUCUCUGACCUAAACUAUUGCCAUUUGUGUUGAUUCUUUUUUCCUUUGUCCUCACCUAGGUACAAGAAAAUAUUCUAUCAGUGCUCCUUUUUUUUUCUUUUUGUUUAAAAGUUUCUUGCUUUCCUUUCAUGGUAGAAGUGAACAGUUACCUCACAAUUGACUUUGGAACACUGAGAACAUUCUUGUUGAAAUGGGGUGAAAUAGACAAAUCUCAAAUAUUUAGCUCUUGUCCAAAAGUUUACCAAAAAAUGCACUUGACUCUCUUUCACACAGGUGAUGGGAAGGAAAUGUAUGGGGUUUUAUGAGAGCCUAUAAUAAAAGAACCUUACUUAGACUAGAAAAUUGGGGUAGACUUACCAGAGGAAGUGAUGAUUACACUGAGAUAUAAAGGAUGAGAAGCAGAUACUCAGUAAAAAGUUUCACAAGCCUGUGACAAAGUACCUGUAAGAGUCGUGUGAUAUGAGGGAGUAUGGCAUGUUCUUGAGGAACUGAUAGGCAGCCAGUGUUGAUGGAGCACAAAGAAGGCAUGGGGAUAUGUAAUGGAGAUACAUUUAAAAUAUAGCUCAGAGCCAGACUUUGGCAAGGUUAUACAAGUGACCUCAAUGAUUUGAUCUUUAUCCAAAGAGCAACGUAAACCAUUUAAAUCUCUUAAGCAGAAGCAAGAUUGUUAGAUAAGAUCUUCAUUUUGUAAAGAACACUCAGCCUUCAAUUUGGAGCAUGGUUUAAAUAGGUAACAGAGCGGUUAUAGGAGAUUAGUGAAGAGGUCAUAUCAGUAAGUAGUCUGGGUAAGAUACUAUGUUAGUUUAGAUUAAACCCAAUUGGUAGCAGUGAAGAUCAACAGAGACAGGUUCAAAAUAUUUAGUAGGCAAAAAUUCACAGUUUCAUGAGGAAUUCAAUAAUCAGUAUAAAGAUUACUAACAAUUUUUGUGCCAUAAUGUAUAAUGAGUACUUUAUAUGAAUUACCUCCUCCGAUUCUCUGAGUAACCCUAUGGGCUAGGGCUAAUAUUAUUAUCAUUUUACAGACAAGGAAACCACUGACAGGAGAACUGAAAUCAAUUUUUAAAGUAUUGCAGUCGUCAAACUCAGGCAGAAUGACUCCAAUGUUCUUAGGCACUAUUCAGUCAAUACAGAGUGGAAGUGUAAAUUUCCUGGGGGACAGAUGGAUAGAAAGAGAGAGAACAAGUGUAACACUCCAGAAUGUCUUCUGAAACUUCCUUUUUAAACUGAAAUUUAUAUUACUAAGAUUUGUUUUUCUCCUGAGCGCUCUUGUUCAUCAUUUUUAACUGUAUAAUAUUUAUUGACUGCACCUACUAUAAUUUAUUUAUUUGUUGUCCAGAUAGUGGGUAUUAGAAUUUUUUUUUCUUUUUUAAGCUGUACAUCGUGCUAGUAUGUAUAUUUUUGUAUAUGUCUCCUGGCACUAAUGUGUUAAAAUUCUUCUUGGUUAUAUAUACUCUGAGCCUCAGGGUAUGUCAAUGUUCUGCUCUACAACACUGCCAAAGCCACUGUACCAAUCAGCAUCUUCAUCAUUAAUAUGUAAGAGAAACUGAUAAUCCAUUCCCUCUCAAACUCUUGGAUUUUGUCAGAUUUAAAAAAAAUUUUUUGCUUAUCAAACGUGUCAAAUGUCAUUGUGGUCUUGAUUUGCAUUUCCCUCUUGACUAGUACAAUUUUUAUCUUCCCUUAUGUGUAUUAGCUACAUGUGUUUCACAUUCCUUGAAAUGUCUACUCAGGUCUUUUACUAAGGUUUCGAUUGAAUUAUUUUUCUUAAUGAUUUCUAGAAGCCUAUAUACUAGUGAUAUUAUCUAAUCUGUUACUUGAUAUUAUUUUCUGCAAACGGCUCUUCCCCAUGUGUUACCUAUGUAUUUUUCACUUCCCUUAAAGGCUGUUUGAUAAACAGAGGUUGCUAAUCUUAAUGUUGCCCAAGUUAUCAUUCUGUUACUUUUUUGUUAGCACUUUUGGAACCCUGUAUAAGAAACGUUUUCUUUAGUGAUAACAGUGGUAUUCAUCUAUGUGUUUUUCUAAAAAUUUCAAAGUUUUACUUUAUAAUUUUAGUUAAAUUCAAAUGUGUACAUUAUUUCCCUCCCAUCUGUAUAACUAUUUCCCCCCUCAAUUUGUUAAAUGGUAUCUUCUCUCAGUGGUGUCCUAUGCCACAUGUGGAACAUAUUAAGUUUUCCUAUACGCAUGGGUCUGUUUCUGGGUUUUAUAUUUAAUAAUUUCUUAUUCUUUGUCUUGAGAAGUAUCUUGUUAUAUCACCUAAAUUUCAAAAUCAACCAUUCAGGUCACACACACACACAAACUGUUGGAAUUUUAAUCAUAAUGAGUCAAAUCUUUGUAUCCAUUUGGAAAGAAUUUAUUUCUUACUCAUAGACACUUAUUUGUCUUCUUUAAUGUCCUUUACUAUUCUUUGCUUAUAGUUCUCACAUAUUUAUUUUAUUUAUUCCUAGGUAAUUUAUAGUUUUUGUAGCUAUUGUAAAUGUUGUCUAUUUAAAAAUGCUGUUUUUAUACUGUAUGUUAUUUGUACAUAGAAAUGCAUAUAUAUGUAUACAUGUAUACAUAUAUAUAUCUUAUAUUCAGUAUAUCUUAUAUUCAAUCACCUUGUUAAAUUCUCCUUUUAUUUCUAUAUAUUUGAGUCUAGGUUGUUUUGGAUUUUCUAUGUAAACAGCCACAUGAUAUGCAAAUAGUGAAUGUCUUCCUCUUUUGUUUUUAAGUUUUUUCUUGUCUUAUGGAGCUAUGACUUCUAAUACAAUGUUGAAUAUAA